GGCCAGCUUUGAUCAAUAACCUCAACCGGCGCCUAUUUUCGCGAAGGAAGAAGCUGCAAUUCCGUUCAGCUUAGAAGUUGGUUUCCCAAACUAAGUGAAAAGUGUGGAAGUAACGAAUCUACCAUCGUAUUAGCACGACCAAAAGCAAUCUUGCCGGUGGUUUUUGUGGAGGUGAACGCGAAAAACGUUGAAAAAAUAAGAUCAUCGAUUACAGCUAGCAGCAUUUCGCACACACAGCCACACCAGACAGACCCCGCCGUCUCAAUUUGCGUCGUGUCGUCGCCGUGAAAAUUCCUCCACGGCCCUGAUGCUCGCUGCUUAUUGAUAGAAAGGGAAAACAACAGGAGAGCCAAAUCGUCUGAACAAAAUGUUCUCAACGAAAAAGGACAUUGAUCGGCAUGUGAAAACGUCGCUCAACAAGCUGCCGGAAAACGAGCGCUACCUACGGGGACUGGCUAUCGCGCGGCAGUACUUCAAGCUAAACGAAUAUGCGAGCGCGGAGCACUGGCUGUCCUGCUAUCUGUCGGUGCAGGAGGACAGCGCACCGGCACACAAACUGCUCGGCCAGUGCUACGAGAAGCAGAAAAAGUUCGACCGGGCGAUCACGUCCUACCAGCGGUCGCUGCAGCUCGACUCGAAGCAAACCGGCCUGAUCACGGACGUGUGCAAGCUGCUGCUGAUGGACGACAAUCUCACCAAGCACCUGUCGAAGGCGAAGCACUGGUGCGAUUUGGCCGAAUCCGAGCGCAUCAAUCACGAGGCGGUGCUCAAUCUGAAGCUGAAGGUCGCGAACAAGGACGCCGGCGCGGACAGCAAGCUGGUGAAGGACAUCAUACUGAAGGAGGUGUUGGCCCGGCCGCUCGAUCCGCUGCUGCGCGUCCGGCUGGUGGACCACCUGCUCGAGGAGAAAAAGCUGGACGAAGCGUUCAAGUACUGCUUCGAGCUGGAGAUGAAGUUUUGCGAACCGUUCAUGCAGUCGAGCGAGUGGACGAACGGCGUGGCCAACAUGCUCGCCAAGUUCGCCGAAGCGCCGGUCGAGGGGGGCAAACAGAAGCACUGGAACUACUACCUGCUGCAGGCGCUCGUGCUCGACCGACAGAUCUACCUGAACCUGCUGGCGGACUCCACGAUGGAAACGAUCAAGCGCAGCAAUCUGAAGGAAAUCGCCCAGAAGCUGUUCAAGCUCGACCAGACGCUGCUGCAGGUGGCGGAGAAGGGGCGCAAUGCGGCACCGCAGAAGCAGAUGGCCGAUGCGUACCUGCGCCACUACCGCGGCCAGCUGCUGCUGUACUCGGCCGCGCUACUAUUCAAGGCGGCGCAGGAUCAGACCGGGGGCGCGGGGGGAGUCGGAGGGCGGGUGCGAGAUACGAGCAAAAAGUGUCUGGCACUGCUGCUGAUGGCGUACCAGUGCGGCGUACCCGAUCCGGACGAACCGUGGCUGAAGCAGAGCAGCGAGAUGGCCCGCCAUCUGGUGGGCUUUUGGAGCAAGCAGGCGGCGUUCCGGUGCUGCCAGGCCGGCAGCACGCUGGUGUCGUGUGUGGAGGACGGUCCGGACGUGUCCGUGCUGGCCCAGAUACAGAGCGUCACCGAGUCGAAGGUGUGGACAACAGCGGAUGAUCUGGUGAACCAGAUACGCCAACUCUGUUCCGAUCCCGGCUGGCGUCAGAGUGUGGCGCGAGCGCUUUACACCUCCGGCGAUCUAUCGUCCAAGGCAACGUCCAGCGGCUACUUCGUGAAGGACGGUGUCGCGUUCGGUGAGCCACAGUAUGUGCUGCCGAAGCGCGAACAGCUGGAGCUGUACGUGGAGCUGGCCCAAUCACUGUACCCCUCCUCGUUGCCAUAUCUGGUGUAUCUGGGGCUCGUGGUUGGGACGGAAAAUCUGUCCGACUUCCACUGCAAAGCGUUCCCGCGGUUGAACUUUUCCACCAACAAUCUGAACAACAGCAAUCUGGAAACGCUGAACCAGCUCGACAUGGAUUCGUUCCUGUACUGCUGCAUUCUCAUCGCCCGGAGCAACCUGGACGGCAAUCGCCAGCUCAGCCAGCAGCAGGGCCGGCCCGCGUUCCUGCCGGCGACCAAUCUUAUGCCGCUGCUGUGCGAGGACAACAAGAUCGAUUGGUGGAGCGUAGCAUACAACCUGAUCAAGAGCAGCACGGCCAAGGAGGCGGCGGCCAGCGUGGCCGAACAGCGGCAGCUGCUGGAGCACGGCAUACAGGCGAUCCGUGGCACCGACGCCCCGCUCUGCGACGUGAUGGUGCUGCUGAAGCUCGGUCAGGUGCUUGCCAAGCGGGCGGCGGCCUCGACGCUGACCAAGGCCGAGGAGCGGCGCUACGUGGAAACGCGCGCGGAAGCCGUUUACCGUGCCGGGGUGCUGCUAUGGAAGAUGCGCGCCGAGUCGUCGUACGGUGGCGGGAUGGACGGAGGCGCUUCGACUGGGUACGGUUCCGGGCUGUUCUUCAAGUAUGCUGCCAAAUCGUACGACUGCCAGCAGGAACUGGCGAAGCUAGCGGAGUCGGCCAUCACCUUCCUGGCCGGCGUGUACUUCAAGCACGGCCGGUACGAAGAGUUCACGCAGGACUUCGGUGGCAUUCCGCUACCGUUUGCGGCGUACUUCCGCGCCGAGGCCUUCAAGAAGCUGGACGAAGAGAACAAGACCCCGCUGAAGUCGAAGAAGUUUUACUCCGAGCGGGCGCGUGAAUGUAUCCGCCAGACCCAGCGCUAUCUGGAGCUGCCGUACGUCGAGCGCAACCAUCCGCUCAACUACGUGGUGCAAAGCGAGAUCAAGCGCCUCUCGUUCACGAACGAUUCGUUGGACGGAAGUUUGAACACUUCGGCCAACGGUGCGAUCGGUGCCAGCGCGGACGAUAGCGAUCAUUUCCAGUCCUUCACAUCCUCCAUGACCAACCCGGGGAUGGCAAGCGGUGGUGGUGGUGGUGGUGGUAUGUCUGCCGCCCUGUCGCGGAGCAUUAGCGAACGGGACGCGGCUUCCGCCGCAGCUACAGCCGCCGCCUCGCUGUGUCUCUCCAAGACGAACGAUCUGGAGGCACUGAUGCGCCAGAUGAUGGAAACGCUCACGUUCGUGAAGGAGGACGUGCUCGGCAUUCGCAACGACGUAGGCGACAUGCAGGAUCGGCUGGUAAAGAUCGAGGAAAACAUCUACCGCAAACCGACAGAGGCGAAGGGGGGAGCGCCCAAUGCAACGGCAACGUCCACACCGAUGGGCGUGAACGAUUCGGCCUCGGUGAGCGCAGCGGCAGCGGCAGCGGCCGUGCAGGCCAUGAACGAUAUGUACAUGAUGGAUGAGCUGCAGAGUUCCGCAUCAGCGCUGGCCUACCAGCAUGCGGCCGCGGCUGCCGCAGCUGCGGCCCGCGCUCCGGUCAUGGGUGGCGUUGGCAUGGGGACACCGCAGCAACCAGCGUCCGCUCUGCCUUACCACACGCUGUACGGCGCGAAUGCGUACCAGAGCUACAUGCCCGGCCAGAUCCAGCAACAUCAGCAGCAGCAGCAGCAACAUCAGCAGCAACACCACCAGCAGCAACAGAUGCUAACACCCCGCGGUCAUCCGAUGACGGGUGCGAUGGGUGCUUCGCCGAUGCACUCGGCCGCCUACCAGCAUCACCCGGACAAUCUUUUGGUGGCGGCGGGCGGUUCUCCUGCUGCCGGCGGCGGUUAUCACAUGCCGGGCUUCCAGCAAGCUGUUCCACCACCGCCCGUUGCUCCUCAGCCCGAGCCACAGGUCGCUCCGGUGAUGCAUUCCACCCCGACAGCAGUGUCCCAGAUGGUGGCGCCAGCUCCGAAAACUGCCGCCAGCGCUAACCUUUCGAUUGAGCAAUCGCUUCAAACGCCGGCACUGCUGAGCAGCUGGAACAGCACCUACAACAACUCGUUCAUGGGCCAAACUUCGACACCGUCCGUGUCCAACAUUCUGCCGGCGCACAUAACGUCCAGCGUCGAGUUGAAGGGCGGGGCGCCGGUGAACGUGGUCAUCACCAGCUCGGACCCGCUGCCCCCUCCGCCGAGCGUCAACAGCUCCACGUUUGCCGCCGGUGCGGCUGUGCAGCCGACCUACAGCGUAACCAUUCCGCCGCAGCACAUCAAGCACAGCAACACUGGCGCCAGCAUUGCGCAGGGCACGACGGGUAACAGCAACGCACCGAAGCUGGAAAUGGUUUCCCCGGCUGCCAACACCAAAUUCCCGAUGCCCUCGAUCGUUUCGACCGGUGGGCUGGCCAACAGCAAACCGGCAGCAGCCGCGCCGGCUCCGGCGACUGCCCCCGCAGCGGCACUGACGCCCUCGUUCUUCGCCAACAUGGUUUCCCCGGCCAAGAUGGCGGCCGAAGCGAACCAGGCCGACGAGGAGGAGGACGAUGACGACAAGAACGUGUCGGGCAGUGCGGAGUACGAUCCGCGGCCCGACUUCCAGCCGAUCAUACCGCUGCCGGACGAGAUCGUGGUGCGAACGGGCGAGGAGGACGAGGAGCAAAUUUUCACCGGCCGCUCCAAGCUGCUCCGGCUGGUCGACCGCGAGUGGAAGGAGCGCGGGCUGGGCGAGCUGAAGAUACUGCGCUCGAAGGCCGACCGCAGCAAGUAUCGCAUCGUGAUGCGCCGCGAGCAGGUGCACAAGAUCUGUGCCAAUCACUACAUCACGCCCGAGCUGAUCAUCAAGCCGAUGGAGAAGCGCAAGGAGUGCUACAUCUGGGCCGCGAUGGACUUUGCCGACGAGGAGCCGCGGAAGGAAUCGUUCUGCGCGCGGUUCGGUACCGCCGCGCUGGCGAACGAGUUUUACGCCGCCUUUGUAGCGGCCCGGGACGAGGUGGCCCGUCUGCGGGCGGCAAGCGGCGAUCAGCAGUCCUCAGCUGCCCCGCCGCCGGCCACGAUGGGCAGCUUCGCGUACAGUAGCACACCAAAGUCGUCGGCCGCGAGCAGCACACCGGCAGCAGCAGCGCCGGUUCAGUCGCAGGCAACCGCAAAACCGUUCGGAGAGUUUUCGUUCGCGAAGAACUACACACCGCCCGCGGUGGUCGGUACGAAGGCGGGCGCCAAGGGGCCGGAUAGCACUCCGACGUCGUCCACCGUACAGGGCGGCACCGAUACUAAGCCGAGUCCGUUCGCGUCCUUUACCUUCAAAGCGCAAACGCCGGGUGGCAGCGCCGGGUCUUCACCGUUCGGAAACAUUUUCGGUGGUGCCGGUGUUGUUGCCGGCGCUGCCUCCCUUGGCUUUGAGGAGCGCGAUUUCAGCUGUGCCCACGAAACGAAUGUAGUCGGGCUGAAGCGCAAGGAGCAGCAGGCUGGCAUGUGGAUCGAUUGUGGCGUUAGCAAUUGUCAGCUGCGGCUGCUUACAUCGCAGUCGGCCGUGCGAUUGCUGAUGCGCAACGUCGCAAACACAACCGUCUAUCUAAAUCACGUCCUGAGCAAGGAGGUGCAGAUCAAGGCUAGCGAUAAAACCGCCUCCAGCUGGACCGUUCAACAAGACGCCGCUUAUCCCGCGGUAACGGGACCGAUCAGCUUUAUGGCACAGUUUAAGACUGCUGACGAGCGCGAUCGGUUUGUAGCGGCGGUACAGAAAGCCCUCCCGGGUUCGACUGCAGGCGCUGCUGCUGCUGCUGGGGGCGGCGCGAAGACUGCCAGCGGUUUCGGAGAUCUCUUCAAGCCAAAGACGGGCAGCUGGGACUGCCCUGGAUGCUACGUAAACAACAAGGCUGACACGGCCCAGUGCGUCGCGUGCAAUGGGCCGCGCGAUCCAUCGAAAAAGGAAGAACAGAAACCGUCACUGUCCGGUGGUCUGUUUGGCAACCUAGCACCGCCGACGGAGGCAGCGAGCAAAUUUACCUUCGGCAUGCCCUCAUCCUCCGUUACGGUGACACCGAUUACGUUCGGGUCGGCGGCUAACACGAAGAAACCAGUGCAAGAGCAACCGGCCAAACCUGCGCCGGUUACAUCAACCCCGGUUGCAAAAGGAGCGUCCACCGGUGGCGGCGGCGGCGGAUUCGGCGAUCAGUUCAAACCCAAGCCCGGAUCGUGGACCUGCAACGGAUGCUACCUUUCCAACGGGGCCGACGCGCUGUACUGCAUGAGCUGCGAAAGUCCGAAGGACGACACGGUACCGAAGAAGUCCGCUGGCGGCGCUGCGGGUGGAUUACUGAAGGGGGCGACUGACACAGCGCCGAAGAUCAGCUUUGCAGCGGGCGGAGGAUUCACCUUUGGCUUACCUUCGUCCACGACCAUAACACCCGCAACCGGUCCGGCAAUGGCCACCGGCACUGUCACGACCACCACCAGCGCGGCAAGUCUGCCAGCCCAACAGCAGCAGCCCGUCUUUGGUGGAGGAUUUUCCUUUGGCAACCCAAUGAAACCACCGCAAAGUGCAUCGAGUACGGUGGCCACGGCUGGCAUUACGGCUGCCGCCGCCGCCACCACUACUACUACUACGCUCGAUAAGCCCGCCUUCAAGUUCGAAUUACCGACCCCGAGCGGAGGACUUUCUUUCGGCUCGAAGCUGACACCGAACGCUCCUGCGGCGGCGAAGGCGGCUGGCGAUGGACCGGCUGUUGUGGCGAGUACACCGUCGUCGUCGGCAAUUAGCAAGCUGGAACCGCCGGAGAAAGCGACGUUUGGGUUUGUUUUCAAGCCGAAAUCGCCCGGCCGCACCCUGAGCGGUGAUGGCGAUGGCCCGGAAGAUGAUGGAGCCGCCGGCGACAACAGUGUGACGGAGGAGGAAAACAAUACCUACUUCGCACCCGUCAUUCCACUGCCGGACAAGAUCGACGUGAAGACUGGCGAAGAGGAUGAGCACGUGCUGUACGCUCACCGUGCCAAGCUGUAUCGAUUUGUGAGCUCGGAGUGGAAGGAGCGCGGCAUUGGCGAUGUAAAGAUUUUGAAGCACAAAGUGACGGGUAAUCUAAGAGUGGUGAUGCGGCGCGAACAGGUGCUUAAGAUUUGUCUCAAUCACGCACUCACCGAGGACAUCUGCUACACGAAAAAGGACGACAAAUCGUGGCAGUUCGUGGCGAACGAUUUCUCCGAGGGUAACUUUGAGAUCAUGAACUUCUGCCUGCGCUUCAAAUCGUCCGACAUUGCGCAGGAGUUCCGGGACGCCAUUACGGACGCGCUGAGCGGCAAGCUGAGCGCGCCGGUCGAAGCAAAGGAGGAUGGUGCACCGUCGACCAAGGUGACGUCCCCGGCGCAGAACGACAUCACGAUCACGUCCACCAGCUCGCCGGUGGGCGAUUUGAACUUCUCCAAGCUGAGCGACAUUUCGCUGAACGAGCGCGAAACGGCACAGAAGCUGAAACUGCCCGACAAUUUCUUCGACCCGGCCGCUACGCCUUGCGCCGGCUGCAGGGGCUGCGAUUCGGAUGCGUUCGUGUUUCCAGCCGUGGACGGGAAGCAGCUCGCCGUGGUCGAAGCGGACGAUGCGCCCCUGCCGAUCGAUAUCCGGAGCGUAAAGCCACUACCGGCCGCCGUUGCGAACAGCUCGCCGAAGAAGGUAACGUUCGGCACGAUUUCCGCCGGUACAAUGCAACCGCCAGCGCAGCUGUUCGGUGGUGGUGGUGUCGCUGGUAAGCCGUUCGCAGCCUCGGAACCCGCCACCGGUGCCGGCAUGUUUGCGGGCGUCGCGUUCAAGGCGCCAGCGUCGUCAACCACGGCCAGCAGCACGACCGGUUCGUUCCUGUCAGCGGAGCAAAAGGCAUCCUCUUCGCCGUUUGCAGCAUCGAUCUUCGGUGGCGCCCAACAACCACCGUCCUCCACGACGGUGACUGACCCCGCGGCCGCUAUUGCUGGCAGCAACAAGUUUGCGUUUGGAAGUUCAACACCGCUCGGAUCCGCAGCUACCGGUGGGUCAAUCUUUUCCGCGUCGCUCAAUACUACGCCGAAGACGUCGUUUGUUUCGCCAGCACCAACCAGUACGGUGACGGCGGUCAGUACCGGUGCCCAAGUAACCUCCACCACCGAUAGCAAGAAAGAUGGCGCAAGCACGGCGACCACCGGCAGUAGUCCGCUGCUACAACCCGCCUCUCUCACUACCCCACCGUCGGCCAAAUCGGCCGAGUCGGGCGGCAAACUGUUCAGCGGUUUCGGCGGUGGAGCAGGGUUUGGAUCGGCUGGCAGUACUACGAACAUUUUCGGUGGUGGUAACAUUUUUGGCUCGAAUGCAACCAAAAGUAUCGCUGCUGCUACGACGGCAUCGAACAGUAGCAACAACACCAGCACGCCAACGGCCACGGCAGGUGGUGCCGCCAACAAUACUUCGACGCUGUUCGGCAGUGUUGCGUUCGGCGAUCCCGGCAAACCGUCCGUGUUCGGGGGCAGCGGCUUUACGUUCGGCAGCUUAGCGAAGCAAUCCCCGGCCGGCGGUGGUGCCAACAGUAGCAUCAGCACCGCGCUGAAGAACAACUCCGAUGCGCCAUCGAUUUUCAAAAUGGACGACAGUGUAAGCUUCGCGACGCUGGCCAGCAGCAACAGUCCGGCGUUCAGCAGCUCGACCAAGCAGGCGGACGAUGGUACGGCCAAACCGGCCGGCGGCUUCGUGGGGCUCACGGUGAAGGAGGAUUUCUUUUCCCGGUCGGCCUCGACCAAGCUGAACAGCAGCACGGACGGUACCAACAGCUCGCAGACGAACAACAACGGCAAUGCUGAUGACGGAGCAGGCGGUGAGGAUGGUGGCGGUGCCGCCGGUGGUGGCGAUGAAAAUUAUGAUCCCUACUAUGCGCCCGUCAUUCAGCUGCCGGACGAGAUAGAGGUGCGCACGGGCGAGGAGGAGGAAACGAAGCUGUUCGGCGAGCGUGCCAAGCUGUACCGGUUCGAUGCGACCACGAAAGAAUGGAAGGAACGAGGCGUCGGCGAGCUGAAAAUUUUACAUCACCCAGUGCGCAACGCCUACCGGCUGCUGUUGCGCCGCGAGCAGAUCUUCAAGCUCGUGCUGAACCACGCCGUCACGGCCGAUCUGUCCAUCGCGCCGAUGAACAACUCGGACAAGGCGUUCGCGUGGGGCGCGAUGAAUCAUGCCGAAUCGCCCGGCCAGCUGGAACAGUUGGCGGUGCGGUUCAAGAACGAGGCCAUCGCUUCCGAGUUCCGCAGCACGUUGGAGAGGUGCCAGGAGCAGCUGCGCUCCCGACCCGACCUUGAGCCAGAUCAAGAUUAAUAGUAGUAGUAGUUGCUUACAUUUUAAUAUACGGGAUGAUGAGAGGCCGAGUUCACCUUAUUUCCUGCGGGACGCGUUUAGUUAGUCGCGUUUUUCUCCUUUACCACCGCCCCCUUUUGCGACGGUGCCUCGCAACUAUGUAGACAUUUAAAGACAACAACACACACACAUGCAUUCACAGACACACAGACGCGGACGUUCCUGAUUGAUAUGAAACAUGUUAUUUAGUGUAAUUUCUUUUUCCCCGUUAUUUGCGCUCUUAAUUUCGUAGUCUCUUUUUAAAGUUCGUUCAUGUGUGCGUUUAGAAUUUGCAUUCGGUUAGGGUAGAGUAGUGGGAACAGGAAGCAGAGAAUUGUAUAAUGUGUUAUUCUGUAUUUUUCGGGUAUGCAUGCUCUUUAGGUAUUAGCGUUAGAGAGUGAGAGAGAGAGAGGAAACAGCAAAGCGCAGUAUCAUUUAGAUUUUAUUCCUAAGCCACACACCGCUCGUGCGAAUAUUGUGUUACAUGUACAACAACGAAAUUAAAAUUGAGUUUUGCAUAAAAAAAGAGGAAAACCAAACUUCAAAUAAACAAGACAUAAUAACCCUUCGUAAAAAGUA